AUGAACUUUACCGGAAGGCGCACACAGCGUUUCCCCCGAUUGGCAACGGAGAAAUUGUCCCAGCCCUCUGUCAGGCAAGCCUAUCAAGAAGCACUGCAUAGCGAACUCUCGCUGUCUUGUCCUAAUGAUACUGAACUUCAGUGGAAUAAGAUCUCGGCCACUAUGCACGACGCAGGAGCAUCUGCUUGUGGCACUAUCAGUCGUCAUCGCACCAGUCACUGGAUAUCCGAGAGGUCCGUGAACCUUUUGGAAGCUAGAAGGCACCUCCCGGCUGGUUCCGAACACAAUGUGACCAGACGGGCUAUUAGGCGUGAACUAAAGUGGAGCCUACGUGCUGACAAGGAAGCCUGGUGGACCAGUCGGGCUCAAGAAAUGGAGGAGGCAGGAGCAGUAGGCAAUUACCGGAAGCUCUUCCAGCUAAUACGCACCACUGGUCCGAGAAAACCAGGUGUCAGUGAGACAAUCAGGGACAGCGCGGGUGCGCUGAUACACAAUAAGCAGCGCCGUAUGGCUCGUUGGGCUGAGCACUUUGAACAUCAGUUCAGCUGGCCCCCUGCUCCCGGACCUCUUCCUACUCAGGUGAUGCAGGACGAGCCAUGGACGGUUAGUCUAGAGCCUCCGUCGGAGGCCGAAGUCCGAAACGCGAUCACAGCCCUUAAUCGUUUUCGUGCCGCUGGCCCGGAUUCCCUACCACCUGCACUAUUUAAGGAUGGUGGUGAGGUCCUCUGCAAAGCACUGACCUCCCUAUUCGAACGUAUCUGGAACGAAGAGAGUGUGCCGGCUAAUUGGAGCGAAUCGAUUAUAGUGGCAAUAUACAAGAAGGGCAGUCGCACAGAUUGUGCGAACCACAGGGGUAUUAGCCUAACGCCAGUUGUGACAAAAUUACUGGCCUCGAUUAUCGUUCGUCGCCUCACUGCAGAACGGGAAUCUCGGAUUAGAGAAGAGCAGGCCGGUUUUCGCCCAGGACGUGGCUGUAUAGACCAUAUAUUUACUUUGCGGCAGGUGCUAGAGCAGCGCCACGCAUACCGCAGACCGACAAUAGCUGUGUUCCUCGAUUUCAAGAGUGCGUUCGAUUCAGUCGAUCGAUCGAUUCUGUUCGAACUACUUGCGCGGAAAGGUGUUCCCACGAAAUAUGUGAACAUCCUUCGUGCUCUAUACUCGAACACUACAGGCCGCGUCAGGGUCUAUGGUGCCCUAUCGGAUAGCUUUUCGACUACAAGUGGCGUUCGACAGGGUUGCCCGAUUUCCCCGUUUUUGUUCAAUUUCGUCGUGGAUUCUAUCAUGGAGUGUUCCCUUGCGGAAUCUCACGAUGUAGGCGUUGAAGUGCUGCCUGGUGAACGGUUAGUUGAUCUAGAUUAUGCGGACGAUAUCGUCUUGCUUUUCGACAAUGUCGAGGCGGCACAAUCAACCCUGAAUAGCCUAUCCAGAGUGGUCCCAUUAUUUGGUAUGCACUUCGCACCUUCAAAGUGCAAAGUGUUGCUGCAGGACCACCAGCCACUCGAUGACCCCUUGACGCUUGCUAACGAGGAACUCGAUGUGGUUGAUCAAUUCACUUAUCUUGGCAGCUGCAUCAGCAAUGAUGGGCGCAUAGAAACUGACGUUAGCUCACGCAUUACAAAGGCCAGAGCUGCCUUCUUGAACCUGCGUCAUCUUUGGCGACAGAAGGGAGUUUCCCUCCGUCUGAAAGGCCGUGUAUACAAGGCCACA